GCCUGCAGCCCCCCGCCCCGGCGACAAGCGAUGGGCGACAUCCCCGGCCUCGUGAAAAUCAGCGUCUCCCUCAAAAUCCAGCCCAACGACGGGGCGGUGUAUUUCAAGGUGGACGGGCAGCGCUUCGGCCAGAACCGCACCAUCAAGCUGCUGACCGGGGCCAAGUACAAGAUCGAGGUGGCCCUCCGGCCCGGCACCGUCCAGGCCACGACAAUGGGCAUUGGGGGCGUCAAUGUCCCACUGGAAGAGAAAUCAAGGGACGCACAAGUGGCCUCUUACACAGGGAUCUAUGACACAGAAGGGGUACCACAUACCAAGAGUGGGGAGAGACAGCCCAUCCAGGUCAACAUGCAGUUUAACGACAUUGGCGUUUUUGAAACAGUCUGGCAAGUCAAAUUCUACAACUACCACAAGCGGGAUCAUUGCCAAUGGGGAAACAGCUUUGGUAGCAUUGAGUACGAAUGCAAACCAAACGAAACACGCAGUCUUAUGUGGAUCAAUAAAGAGACCUUCCACUGAAGAGAUGUGAAACCAAUACUGCUGGACAAUCUCCCUAAAGAAAAAUCUACCUUUUUAA